UUCUAGGUGAUCCAGAACAGGAUUUGGUACUUGCUGAAUGUUUCCCCACAUAUGGUAAUUUUGCAUUGAAAUGACCUUAUUCUUCUAUCAGGAUUGGAACAUUCAGCAUCCAGUCUUUGUGGGCUGUGCUUAGAAGUGUUUACACGGUGGACUCUGGAACUGAACUUAGCUCUGCUGAGAGCUGCCGCGUACAGCCAUGAUGUUGAAGAAGUGGCUUUUGCUGGUGCUGUGGGCUCACAUGAGCUACUGGGGCUCAGGAUCCUGUGGGAAGGUGCUGGUCUGGCCCAGUGAGGCCAGUCACUGGCUCAACAUGAAACUGGUGCUGGAGGAACUCUCCCUUCGGGGCCAUGAUGUGACUGUGCUGGUGCCUUCAGCAAAUUUGUUCAUCGACUACAAUGAGUCCUCUUCCCCAUUUGACUUUGAGGUCCUUCCGGUGCCCUUUACCAAGGAGACCGUGGCGGCCAUGUUGGAGGACUUCUUGCACCUGUGGAUGUAUGAGCUUCCCCACCUGUCCUACUGGGAGGGCCUGGUGAAAGUGAUGGAAAACGUGGAAGUCUUUGUCACGCUGUCGAAGCAGAUCUGUGACAGUGUGGUGCUGAACCCCAGGCUGAUAGCAAAGCUCCAGCAAGCAGGGUUUGAUAUGCUAAUCGCAGACCCUCUUUCUCUGGGCGGUGAGCUGGUAGCAGAGUUGCUUGAAAUCCCUUUUGUCUAUACUUUCCGGUUCUCUGAUGGGAACACAGCGGAGCGGCUGUGUGGGGGGCUUCCAGCCCCUCCUUCGUACGUGCCUGCCAGCACGGGGGGACUGACGGACAGGAUGUCCUUCAUGGAGAGAUGGCAAAACCUGCUCUUUUAUACUCUUCAGGAUGUUCUGUUUCACCAGGUUUUCUGGAGAGAAUGGAGUCAGUACUACAGCGAUGUGCUGGUCUGGCCCACCGAUGCCAGUCACUGGCUCAACAUAAAACUGGUGCUGGAGGAACUCUCCCUUCGGGGCCAUGAUGUGACUGUGCUGGUGCCUUCAGUAAAUUUGCGCAUCGAUUACAAUGAGCCCUCUUCCCCGUUUGACUUUGAGGUCCUUCCAGUGCCCUUUACCAAGGAGACCAUGGUGGCCCUGUUGGAGGACUUCCUGCACCUGUGGAUGUAUGAGCAUCCCCGUCUGUCCUACUGGGAGCUCAUGUUGAAAAUGAAAGAAUUCAUGGAAGUCUCUAUCAAGAUGUUCAAGCAGACCUGUGACAGUGUAGUGCUGAACCCCAGGCUGAUAGCAAAGCUCCAGCAAGCAGGGUUUGAUGUGCUGAUCUCAGACCCUCUUUCUCUGGGCGGUGAGCUGGUAGCAGAGUUGCUUGAAAUCCCUUUUGUCUAUACUUUCCGGUUCUCUGAAGGGAACACAGUGGAGCGGCUGUGUGGGGGGCUUCCAGCCCCUCCUUCAUACGUACCUGCCAGCACGGGGGGAUUGACAGACAGGAUGUCCUUCAUAGAGAAGAUGACAAACUUGCUGCUUUAUAUUUACCAUGAUGUUUUUUUCCUGCAUUUCUGGGGGGAUGAAUGGAAUCAGUAUUACAGUGAUGUCUUAGGAAGGCCCACGACGCUGUGUGAAACGAUGGGCAAAGCAGAGAUGUGGCUGAUCCGAACGUACUGGGACUUUGAAUUCCCUCGUCCUUUCCUGCCUAACUUUGAGUUUGUUGGGGGACUCCACUGCAAGCCGGCAAAGCCUUUACCUGAGGAAAUGGAAGAGUUUGUCCAGAGUUCAGGGGAACAUGGUAUCGUGGUGUUUUCUCUUGGCUCGAUGAUUUACAACUUAACCGAGGAGAAAAGUAACAUGGUUGCCUUGGCCCUCAGCCAGAUUCCACAAAAGGUUCUUUGGCGAUACAAAGGGAAGAAACCAGAAACUUUAGGACCCAACACUAGGAUUUACGACUGGAUACCCCAGAAUGACCUGCUUGGCCACCCCAAGACCAAAGCCUUUAUUACUCAUGGUGGAACCAAUGGGAUCUAUGAAGCUAUCUACCAUGGGAUUCCCAUGGUUGGGAUUCCCAUCUUCGCUGACCAGCCGGAUAACAUUGCUCACAUGAAAGCAAAAGGGAUGGCAGUGGAGCUGGAUUUUAACACAAUGCAAACCCAGGAUUUAAUCGAUGCAUUGGAUACGGUCAUUAACAACUCCAGCUAUAAAGAAAAUGCAGUGAGGUUAUCCAAGAUUCACCACGACCAGCCCAUGAAGCCUCUGGACCGAGCUGUCUUCUGGAUCGAAUUUGUCAUGCGCCACAAAGGGGCGAAGCACUUGAGACCAGCAGCUCAUGAGCUCACCUGGUACCAGUAUCACUGCCUGGACGUCCUGGCAUUCUUGCUCGUCUGUGCAGCAGCUGCUGUUUUCAUUGCUGUUAGGUGCUGCUUGUUCUGCUGUAAGAAAUGCGGUAGGAUUGUAAAGAAAAAGAAAACGGAGUAGAUUUGCUGUUCCUAUUGGCCACGCUUGUCUCUGGUUAGGCCGUGGUUCAGCCAGGUACUUCAGCUUGUUCAUGGUCCCGUUGUUCUAGGCAUAUGCUGAAAAUGAGGCGCACGCUGUAAUACCCAUGUGUAAUCAGGGCGAUGUUCCGGUGAUGUUAUAUCAGGAAAGCUGUGCACCUAGCGAAUGUGAGGUUUACAGUAAUUUCCUUUUGGCCUGAACAAGAAUGAAUCAUUAGCUUGAUCCUCCAAUCGGACUCCUUCAGUGAUUACACAGGGACUUGUCAUAUGCUAACUGUGGCAAUGAUUUUCAGAAUGUAACUUUCUGGAGACUUUAUUUUCAAAGGACGAAGCCCAUAUGUUUUAGGUCCUUUGCUGUGUCUUCCACCUGCAGGUAUUAAAGUUGAUUUGCCCACUCUGCGAUCUGUGAGAGUGUGUCCUCACUAGAUCACCCAGAACCAGAAUGUCUGUGUCUCUGUUGUAUGGCUCCUGGAAAAGCAGACAUUGACUAGUUUGGAGCUCAAAUAAGUGGUCAGAUGCUCCUAGAAGAUGCCCACCUGCAAGGCCAAGACUUUUGAAAAUAGCCAUCUGCCUGUAGGUUCAUACGUCCAUAUUUAAGUGUCUUAAUAGAUAACUUGAUUUUCAAAUGUUCUGGGCAUGCAGCAGCUCCGCCUGACUUCAGUUGGAGAUGCUGGGUGCUCAACAUAUUUGAAAAUCAGGUUUUUUUAGCAACCAUGGUGAGGAUCGAGGAAUAGGCUCCUUUGAAAAUCCAGUGUUAGGUGCGCCACUCCCAUUGAAUUUCACCACACGCUCUUGGCCUCCUUUCAAAAUCUCAGCCAAAGAGAAGAACUUCGUGGCCUGUGUCUGAAAGCCUGAUCUGGAGUAUAAAAUGGAAAUGGUUUGUGUAGUGAUUUGGGGGCUCCAACUGGAUCCCUUCUGCAUUGGCUCUCGUGAAAAAUCUUUCCAACGUUUAAUGAAACUUUACCCUGAGUUUAAUUUCUGUGGGUGAAGACACAAUUUGAUGGCUGAGAAUUAUAGCGCUGGGAAUUCAAUAGGCAGGUGCUAGAGUGUGGGCCCAAGAAAGAGGGUGGCUGUUAGAAUGGCAGCCUUCCCAGACAUGCAGUUGAAGGGCAGUAACUCUAUAUGCUGGGAAUAUCACAGUCUCUACAGCGUAGAACUCCCAAUGGUCAAACCAGUACACAAGGGGAUCUAGGAAAUGGCAGACUAACUCAAGGGGUUUUAUGUGUAUCUAGGUCUGCCCCUUUUGCUCCCUAGUCCAAUGCUCAGCCUCCAGCCCUGGCCCAAAGCAACUCAGCAAGCUGAAGGAACAGCUGCUCUGCCCCACCAAAGGGUGGAGACUGAUUGGUGGGGGGAAGGCAUUCCACUGUGUCCCAUCCCCUCCUUACACACAUCCAUGCAUUCUUCUGGCCUGCUGUAUAGGGAUCCCCCUGUGCUGCAGGACUCCCUCUUCCCAGUGAUCCCCCUUCUGUGGGGCGUGGAAAGUUAGUCUUAGGGCCCAUGGUCUCUGUUCAUCUUGCUAGCUGGCCUCCACAGCAGAACCAGCAACUUGCACAUCCUGAUAGCUGCCAAAGCUCCCUGAAGACUCGCACUAACUUCAGCGGGCUUUGGCUCAGGCCUUUACUGGCUUAGCUCAUCGUGCCAUCAGUAAUUCCCAAGCGUCUGCUGCCAUACACAGGAGCGAGGCGCCUGUGCUACAGCAUUCCAGAGCUGCUGGAGAGGAGACCUGCUGAAUAAUGGGACAUGUGGCUUCAUUGGUCUGUAAGAGGUUGUCUUAAAAUGCUCCUGGAACCGCCAAGUGGAACUGCUAAUUUCCCUCAGUAAUGGGCAAACCUAUUAUCGGCAUAGUGGGCCAACUCCUCAGCAGCUGUAGAUCUGUAUCAGUUAUUCUGUUGAGCGCCAUGAAGCUGUGCCAAUUUUAUAACAGCUGAGGAUCUGUCCCACUUAUGAUCCUGGGGCUUGCAGUAUUGCAUGGUUGCUACAAUAAGCAAGCCACCAGAUUGUGUCUAAGAGUGCCUUUAAACUUGCCUUUAUUGUCAGAGUUGGGUUGCAUUUGUAAAUAUGAUCCAGCGCUCAAUGGAAGGCAACUUAUUUACCUGCAGACAAGACAGCUGGAGAAAACAGUAAGGUUCUUCAUUUACUGCAUAGAUUUUCUUGCCCCAUACAAGCUUAUUUUAUUAGCGCUAAUUUUUGGAGCUGGCUGUGACAAAUCUUAAGCCUUCGGUUAGUUCAAAGCUAUGUAAACCCUUAACUAUAUAAGAUGGAAAAAUGGCGUUGGUCAUAAAAGCUAAAGCUUUGAUGCUAAACUGAAAAAGGGACAUCUUGAUGUUGAUUUAGGAGACUCUAGCCUCCAGGGCCUAUCAUAGCAGAUAUAAUGAGUAUAAGACACACUAAUGUGAAUGGUCAUGUUUCUGAGUAUACAGAAAAAUACCUAAAUUGGUAGUCAGCUCCAGACACCAGCGUUCUGUGAUUUAUCACUGAGAUUCCCUUUGUUACUGUACAUCACUGGAAACCCUGGGUAAGUUCCUCAGCUGGUGUAAACUGCCCUCUUGUAAUCACGUGAGUGGAGCUAGGCCCGUGCACACUUCUGUAAUUCCAUGCUUGUUGCACUUGUUGAAUGAGCUGGCUCCCUUCUGUGUGCUGCUUUGAUACCGCUACAUUGCCACUGCUGCUGCCCAAGUAUUUGCUGCCUCGUGGAUAGCACGUUCAGCUCCGUGGGCUGAUUUGUUAAUAAAAGCAAUUCCUAUUACUGAGUGUCAAGCUGAUUAAGUCUAUGUAAGAUUUCCUCUACUAAAAUAUGCAAAGCUUAGGUGAGCGUCAGUUUCAAGUCAGAGAAUUCAGCUGUAGCAGAUCCUCCAGUAACUUGCAUUGCAAUUUGUGCAGCUGGACUGCUACCCACAGAAGUUACCAUGCACAGUUGCAGCCUUACUGGAGCAGGUUAUUUAAAAGUUUGCCUAAGCAGGAGACAAAUGCUGUCAGAGGAAGUAGGACUGAAUGAAGAUGGAUGGGAACACGUAUGUGGAGACAAAUGGGCUGCCUUUUUCAGAAGAACGUAGCAAGCUGGGUGCUAGACUUUCACAAGCCCGGCUGCACAUGAACGAGCUGAACAUGUGAAAUCUGGACAUAAGCCUGCUUGGCGUUUAUACUCUGGCCAGAUGCUCCCUCAUUGCUACUGCCCUAAUUUCUUCUUCUUAGGAUGACGCGGACAUGUGCACAGACACACACACACUGUAACUUGCUAGUUACUGAAGUAGCUCUACAAGCCAUGCUUCAGGUGACAAAUUAAGGCAAAUUACAGAUCGCAUAUGCAUGGCUCUGCACUGUAUGACAGCUGUAAGAGUCUAAAUGUGCUGGGAGCCAGAGGUUCCUGCCUCCUGAGCUGAGAUUAAGGCCUUGUCUAUACUACCAUGGUAAGGUGACCUAAGUUAUGCUACUAGGUCGACUUUCCGUGGUGUCUACACCGUACUGCGUCAACAAGAGAUGCUCUCCUGUCAACUUCCCUUACUCUUCUGGGGGAGGUGGAGUAUCAGGGUUGACCAGAGCAUGCUCUCCCUUCAAUUUAGUGAGUCUUCACUAGACCAGCUUAAUCGACACCUGCUGCAUUGAUUGCAGCAGUGCUGAUUGACUGUAGACAUGGCCUAAGAAUAAUAUAUUUCAACCCAAAAGUUAACUCUCAGUAAAGUGAGAACAAGGAAAUGCCUCUAACUGCAUGCAGAGAAGUAGUUUUUUGUUUUUUUUUCCCUAGUGAACUCAAGUUGUAGGUUAGCUCUCUGGUUUUUACUAUUGCAAGUUUAAAUUCAAAUCUGUCCUGUUCAAGAUCACUGACUGAUGUAUUGUAAAUGCAAUAUCCCAUGGCAUUUGCUAUGGCGUUACAUAGAGGCAUGCCUAUGUUGGUGCUGCAGUGGGUGUCUGCCCUGUAAAUCUGUCUGGAUCAAGCAAUUGAUUGACAUGGGCGUGGUUUGACUCACGGGCACAGGGCUAGGACAUUAAAACCAGAUUGCUUCAAAUCAAUGAGACUAAUUCUCUACAAGUUAGUUAUUGAGGGCAUAGCGGUUACACAGCUACUUCAUGACAAAGAAAAGUAUGUUUUAAUCAACUGAGUUUUUUGUUCUGAUUUAAUCCCAAAAUCCAUGAAGCUCCUGCAGUGGUUCAGGAAGAUGAGACAAUGAACCUACCUACUCCAGUAAAUGUUAGGCCAUGUCUGCCCUCCCAACGAAAUCAACACUGCUGUGAUUGAUG